AUGUGUCCUGCGUGGGUAUUAGCGGCUGUGGCGCUGGUGAGCGUGGCCAGAGGAGCUGUGAGUCAGUGCUGGGAACAUCCGAGCUGUCAGGACAUCAACUCUGACAGGAGCAUCAUGGAGUGUAUCCAGCUCUGUCGCUCUGACCUCAGCGCCGAGGUGCCCGUCGACUCCCUCCUCCACCCUCCUCCUCCUCCGUCAGACCCUUUGUCCCUUGCUUCCCUAUCCCUCUUAUCCUCCACCUCCUUCCCCUCAUCCCCUCAGGCCAAGCGCUCCUACUCCAUGGAGCACUUCCGCUGGGGGAAGCCUGUUGGCCGGAAGCGCCGCCCGGUCAAAGUGUACACCUCCAACGGCGUGGAGGAGGAGUCAGCGGAGCUCUUCCCUGGGGAGAUGAGGAAGAGGGAGCUGGCCAGCAGGAUGAUGGAGGCAGCAGAGGAGGGUGGGAAGGCCCAGCAGGAGGCAGAAGAGGACGAGGAGCUGGUCCCCGGGGACGUCCACGAGAAGAAAGACGGCACCUACAAGAUGAGCCACUUCCGCUGGGGGGGCCCGCCGGCCGUCAAACGCUACGGCGGCUUCAUGAAGAGCUGGGACGAGCGCAGCCAGAGGCCCCUGCUCACACUCUUCAAAAACGUCAUCAACAAAGAUGGACAGCAGGAGAGGGAGCAGUGAGGGGGGAGGAAAGGGAGGGAGGAGGUAGAGAGAGGACGGAAAUAAACACACAUUGAUUGUCACUGCCUUCCGAAAAGACCCACUUUUCUGAUUCCCUAUCAGCAGGCAACCCUGUCUCCUAGAAAUUACACUAAUGCAACAAUACGUUUUUUAAUAUCAAUUCAUCUGUGUCUUGAUAAUAGUUAGGUCUACAAAAUGUCACACAGUCUAAAUAGACCUUGUCAAAUUUCUUAUUGGGUCCAAAACCAAAACAUAUUCAGUUUGCAAUUAUAUAAAACUGAAAAUAGCAUUAAAUGUGCACAAUUGAGACUCUACAGCUAGGAAUCUUGUUUGCUCAGAACAUAUUUAAACAGGGAUUUGACUGACACUAGUUCAUUAAUCUGGUGGAGACCCUGAGUCCUGCAAAGGCUCAGCUUCAGAGGCACUUUGGCACUAGGUGAUUUAACAAAAAUUGUUAACAGAUUUAUUUUUUAAAUAAGAUAAUGUUUCCAAAUAAUUGAGACAUAUUUCCCCCUCCCUUCAAUUAAGCGUUGUGUGUGACUUCACAUACAUGUUUUAUAACAUGUUGGCUGUUUUACAAAAGUCAUUUAAUGUAACGUCAUUUCUAAGAUACAGGGUGAGAAUAAGAAGGCUUCGUUUGUCAGUGUCUUCUAAAUCCGUUUGAUUCAUAUGAGAGUUUGCUAGAUGGUUGUUAUUAUUGUUCUCAUGAUUGAAUGUUGACUCUCAGAAGGAAACAUAAUGUUCAUCCCGCUGUCAUUCUGCCUGUCAGUCACUUCACCGCAGGGACUGGAAUAAGAGAGAGUCAGAAAGAGAAGAACAUGUUUUAUAUAUUGAUUCAUGUAAAUAACUGUAAAUCACAUGAAAACAUAAAGGGA